AAAUUUUAUGGAUUUCGCGCAACCCACUACACCAUCACUGAUUUUCAUAUGUUUAAAUUUUAUUGUGUACAUUUUGAUUUCUUUUCCUACUAAUUGGAGACGAGAAAAUAGAAUGUGCACAUUGUAUCGGUGAAUAGUGUAAUCAAAAUAAAAUAGCAAGAUUUUUUUACAAAAAGCAUGACAAUUGAUCCGAAACAACAACAGCCAUGGUAUCAAUGCAUCACCGUCGAGCCCAUGAUGUUUUUAUACAUGUUUGCGUUCGUAUUAACGUCGGUCGUCGAACAAGAAUUGUUUGUUAGAAAGGCAUGCCUGGUCAAUCAUGGCAUCCAAAUGGAAAUUUGUAACAAUCUUACAAACUAUAUUGAUCUUCAUAAAGAAGUCCAAAUAACAGUGUCUACGUUUUAUCAAUGGAAUCACAUUACUGGCAAUAUUUUUCCAAUUUUAAUUUCGCUUUUUAUUGGUUCAUGGUCGGAUAGACGUGGUCGAAAAAUUCCAUUGCUCAUUGGAUUAACUGGGAAGUUAAUCUAUGUCUUGGGGGUUUUAUUGAACAUAUACUUUGAAAAAUGGCCAGUAGAAUACAUCAUUUACACAGCAACGAUUCCGAGUGUCAUAACGGGUGUAGAUAUUGUAAUAUUUUCGUGCGCUUUUGCUUAUUUGUCGGAUGUAUCAAGCGUUGAGAAUCGAACAUUGCGUAUAUCAAUUUUGGAAGUGUCUUACUUAAUAACAUAUCCCAUUGGAAUCGCUUUUGGUUCAUAUCUCUUCAAUAAAGUGUUCGAUCAUUCGUAUUUCAUUAUGUUCAGUAUAAAUGGAACACUUUUGAUCAUUUCAAUUAUUUAUUCGGUUGUUAAUUUGCAGUGGAUCACAUCAACAAAACAAAAAUCUAUCAAAGAAGUUGGAUGGAGUGGAAUUUGUGGCGACUUUUUUGAUCGAAAACAUGUUGUCGACACCGUUAAAACACUUGUAAAAAAACGCAAAAAUAAUCGACGCCUACUGCUGUGCAUUUUUCUAACGGCCAUGUUUUGUUAUGUUUUUCAACGUGACGAAAGAUUGUACACUUAUCUGUAUACGAAUAUGAAAUUCAAUUGGGGUAUUUCAGAAUUUUCAAAUUUCAAAGUUUUUCAAUACACAUCACAGAUUCUAGCUUUGUUUGGUGGAAUGCCAAUUCUUACCAAACUACUAAAAUUCAAAGACACGACAAUUGCUAUGAUUGGUGCCGUUUGCUUUGCAACAUCCCGAAUUUUUUUUACAUUUGCCGAAAUUCCCGAACUAUUUUACGUGGGUGCAGCCAUUUCUGGUGUCGGACCGAUUGGAGGAGCCAUUCUACGAUCUAUGACAUCAAAAACCGUUCCAUCAUCCGAGCGUGGCAAAGUGUUUGCAAUUUUUUCACUUUGCGACAAUGCUGUGCUGAUGGUCAGUUCAACCAUGUAUUCGCAAAUUUACAAUUGGACGGUUGGAACAUUUCCUGGAAUAUUUGUCUUAACAUUUAUAACCCAAGUUAUUGUCUUCGUUUUAAUGCUAAUUGUACACAAUAUAUUGAAUAGACAACAGCCAAUUGUUGAUGACAAUAAUUUAGAUGUCACAAUUCAAUUAAAUUUUCCUAGAAAUAUCCCAACCAUUAAAUAUUUUGAAAAUGAUGACAAAUCCCUCGAACAAAGCUAAGUUUCUACACAUUUUUGGCCGUUAUUUAAGUUAUACGGCUUCAACAUCAAAAGAACAUUUCUGAAUUAAAUAUUCCAAUAAAAUAUUUCAUUAAAAACA